AUGUUAUCCAGUACUGAAGCGAGUACGCCAAGUGAUACAGGAGGAUUCGUACGCGGAGUGGGUAGCGGCCUGCCGUCUAGGCGCUCGGGGCCGCUCGUUGGCCGACCCGUCGUUCGCGUCCGAGGCGAGCGGAGUGCGCGCCCUGCUGGCCCUGCAGCGACCCCCCUCCCGCCCACCGCGCUGCCGCACCCCGACCACCUGCAGCCCGACAACUAUAUAGCGCCGCGCUACCUGCGCAAGCACCGCGGCAAGUUCACGCAACGCCUGCUGGAAAGCCACGCGAACGUCAAAGACCUGCCUCUGCUGGAAGCCAAACUGCAAUACAUCAAGACCUGGCAGAAUUUACCCGACUACGGACAGUCUUUGUUCGUGGUGCGAUUCAUGGGACAUAAGAAAGACGAAAUAAUUAGCAUCGCGAACAACCGCAUCAUGAGAUUAGACCCCAGCACCGGAGACCAUAUCAAGACCUGGCGCUUCAGCACUAUGAAGGCAUGGAACGUUAACUGGGAAAUAAAACACAUGAUGGUGCAAUUUGAAGAGGGCAGCAUCAUAUUCUCUGUCCAGUCUGCGGACUGCAAGGUGGUGCACGAGUUCAUCGGAGGCUAUAUAUUCCUCUCGAUGCGAUCGAAGGAUGCCAACCAACAGUUGGACGAAGAAUCAUUCCACAAACUCACCGGAGGAUGGACGUAA